AUGUCUGGUUCCCGGGACAGCUGGGCCUUGAUGCCCCUGCUCAAUGACCUCCACGAUGCAUGGCAGCAGGUUCGCAUCCCUGUGCUGCUCGUCGUCGCUCUCGGCCUCGUCGGCCUCCGAAUCUAUCUGCAGGUCACCGGCGAAAGACCCGAACAGCCAAAGGCCCUGCCCAAGAAGCUCGCCGCCGACAAGACAGUCGCCGAGAAGGCGGCCCUCGCGCGCGAUGCGAAAACCGAAAAGCUCCCCCUCGUCACCGAAGCAUCUGCCGCACCCAAAGCACCCAAGACGGCCACCGGCCCGAGGCGAGUCAAAGGCGGCGUCGUGCGCCGCCGGUCCUCGGACGACAGCGUCGACAAGGCCGCAGCGCGGCCGCCGCGCCGGAUCCAGCCGCUCAUCUUCUUCUCGAGCAUCACGGCCACGACGCCCAAGAUUGCCAAGCAGUUCGCCGAGGACCUCGGGCGCGACAUGCACCGGGCGGCGCCCGAGACGAGCUGCACGUUCGAGGCGCCCGAGCUCCUCGACCUCGCCGAGGUCGACUUUGACGACUACUUCAUCACGCCGCCCAAGGCCAAGGGCGACGUCGAGCUGCUGUACCUGUUCCUGCUGCCGAGCUUCAACAUUGACACCAUCAACGACACGUUCCUCGAGCACCUCAAGGAGAUUCACCACGACUUCAGGAUUGACACGGCCCCGCUCGCCCCGCUGCUCGGCUACUCUGUCUUUGGCUUUGGCGACCGCGAGGGCUGGCCCAACGAGCAGGAGGGCUUCUGCUUCCAGGCGAAGGAGCUCGACAAGUGGAUGGCGAGGCUGACGGGCAGGAAGCGAGCUGCUCCCGUCGGCAUGGGCGACCCCAAGACGGACUACGCCGAGCGACUGGCGGAAUGGUCGGAGGGCAUCGUCGAGAUUCUGGGCCAGCUGGCGCGCACGGGUGGUCUCGGUGAGGGCAUGCCGGGCAGCGGUGCGCCUGUCGAGAGCGACGAGGAGGACGUUGACGAAGAAGACGACGACGAGACCCUGGUUGAGGACGGCGAAGCCAAGCCGGAAAAACUGAAGAACAGCAAGAACCUCGAAGACGUCGAGGAUCUGGGCCGCAUCAUGAGGGAUUCCAGACCCGACGCCGCGCCGUCUACAGGAAAGGGAGCGCCCAUCGCUGUCGACUUUACGACCUACGGCAAGACGGCGGCCAAGAAGGCGCCCGCUCCGACGGUCAAGGAGAUGGUGCCCAAGAACUCGCCCACCUAUGCCUCGCUCACAAAGCAGGGCUACACCAUCGUCGGCUCACACUCGGGCGUCAAGAUCUGUCGGUGGACAAAGUCGGCCCUGCGCGGUCGCGGCUCCUGCUACAAGUUCUCGUUCUACGGCAUCGCCUCGCACCAGUGCAUGGAAACGACGCCGUCGCUGUCUUGCUCCAACAAGUGCGUCUUCUGCUGGCGCCACGGCACGAACCCGGUCGGCACGACGUGGCGCUGGGUCGUCGACCCGCCCGAGGACAUUUUCAACGGCGUCAAGGCGGGCCACUACCAAAAGAUCAAGGUGCUCCGCGGCAUGGCGGGUGUGCGCGCCGACCGUUCCUCGCCAUGCUGCACGCCGAGCGCAUCUCGUCCUUUCCUCGUCUGCAACGCGCAGCACCCCGGACAGCUCGCCUCGCUGCGCGCCGUGACGCAGCUCUACGUGUCCAUCGAUGCCGCCGACAAGGAGUCGCUGCGGCGCAUCGACCGGCCGCUGCACCGCGACUUUUGGGAGCGCUUCAUGCGCUGCCUCGACAUCCUACGCGAGCGCCGCCUCAAGCAGCGCACCGUCUACCGCCUGACCCUGGUCAAGGGCUUCAACGUCGACGAGGAGGUCGACGGCUACGCCGCCCUCGUCGAGCGCGGCCUGCCCUGCUUCAUCGAGGUCAAGGGCGUCACCUACUGCGGCACCUCGACCGCCUCCAACGCCGGCCUCAGCAUGAGCAACGUGCCCUGGUACUGGGAGGUCUGCGACUUUGUCAAGAAGCUCGAGGCCCGCCUCGGCGAGAAGGGCCUCCAGUACGGCAUCGCCGCCGAGCACGCUCACAGCUGCUGCAUCCUGCUGGCGAGCGACCGCUUCCGGGUCGACGGCAAGUGGCACACCACCAUUGACUACCAGCGCUUCUUUGAGCUGCUCGAGGAGAGGGGGCCCGACGGCGAGUGGCGCGCCGAGGACUACAUGGGGCCCGCGACGCCCGAGUGGGCCACCUGGGGCAACGGCGGGUUCGACCCCCGUGACGACCGCGUCGACAGGAAGGGCCGGAAGAUUGAAGCCAAAUAA